AUGGGAGGAGCACAAGCAUCAACACUGCCUCGGGAAGAAGAUCUGUAUGAUUAUCCAUGGGAUAAAUCCAAUAAGAAAUCAAUACAAAUAGACUUGGCAAAGUUUAAGGAACUGGAUGCCUAUGCACAGAAGGUGAAUGUCAGGAAUAGCGUGGAAAACCUGGUGAGUGUCUUGCUCAAAAAAGCACACGGGGACCUGGAGAAGGUCCGAGCCAUUUGGAUGUGGAUUUGCCAUCAUAUAGAAUAUGACGUGGAAGGCUGCUAUAACCUGGGCAAGGUGUCUUUUAAGCCAGCUGAUGUUCUUCAGUCAGGAAAGGCUAUUUGCGGUGGAUAUGCUCGACUCUUUCAAGAAAUGUGCAGUAUUGCAGGGAUACAGUGCGAGUAUUUGCGAGGCAUCUCCAAAAUAAAGGGGAAGAGCAGCCAUGCCUGGAAUGCUGUUCGCGUUGAUGGAAGGUGGCAUCUCUUAGACUGCACCUGGGGAAGUGGAACUGUGGAUGCUGCUGUUGGCAAGUUCACUUUCAGGUACGAUGAGUUUUACUUCCUUACCCACCCCGCUCUGUUUAUUAAGGAGCACUUCCCUGAUGACCCCAAGUGGCAGCUUCUGAGACAGACGGUGACACUGGAGGAAUUUGCACAACAGCAUGAUCUUGACUUAAAUACACCAGGACUGACCAUCGCAUUCAUCAGAACAUCAACCACUGAAAAUGGGUACUUCCUCGCCCGUCUUGUUCUGAUUAUUAGCACUUCCCAGUUGAUCCUAAACGUGCAGCUUCUGAAGCAGACAUCUGCACCUGCAGCAGCUCGAACGUAAUCCACCUACCGUGUAAUUUGAUAUCCUUCGAGGAUAGUCACUUGGCAUCACUGCUAAACUGACCAUGGUUUUGAUGCACAGGGUUUUGGCUUGAUUCAUUGUUUACAUACACAAAGUUUCAAAAAGUGAAAAAAAUAAAUAUAACAUGAUCCUUGUUUCAAUGAGCUUUGAAAUAUAUGCUAAAAUCGAUUGCAGUAGCUAUUUACAAAUUUACAGUAUAACAAAGAAAUCGGGGGGACGUUCCAGGAUUUCUUUUUAAAGGCCAUAUCAAAAAAUGAGUAAAGUGGGAACCCCUAGAUUGAUUUUGAAAAGCAGAUAAUGAAAGGGUACAAUUAAUGUUUAGCCAUAAACUUGUUCAUAUAAAAGUGUGUGGAACUCCCCCCCCAAAAAAUCAUUUGAUUUCCAGACUUUCAGAACUUAUAUCCUUUACAGCACAGCAACACAAAUCAUUAGCAUUUUAUCCACCAUAUUCUUGAGACACCCUAAUGUGGCCCAUUCACAUAAAGUAGUAGCAGAUUUUUUUUAAUAUAGCAAACAGUAAAUAAAAAGAGUACAAUCCAUAAAUUGGUGCAAACCUUUGAGGUUUGCCUUUGAUUUCCCAGUGUGUUUGUAAAAUGCAAUAAAGUUUCACUG